AUGCAGGAGGACUUCGAGUAUGAUGCCCUCACCAUUCGGGCCCCUCAGAGGACUCGCUGGUAUACCCGCCUGUGGUCUGCAUGCCGGGGUUGUGGGUGCUUGGGCCGAAGACAGCAGCGAUUUCCCUUGUACCUUAUUGGGUACGAUCCUGUGGGGCGGUUCCAAAGGGCGGCCAGUGUGGGUGAUGUGGCUUUAGUCGAAAGAUUGAUCAAUGCCAGUGAACACCAUGUUAACGAAUGCGACAGGAGGGGCAGGAGUGCACUGCACUACGCCUCUGCCCAUAAUCAUCCUAAUGUAGUAACAUUGCUAUCGUCCAACGACUGUACCGAUAUUAAUAUGAAGGAUGAUGAAGGCUGCACACCCUUGAUAAAGGCCACCCAACGGGACAAUAUAGAGUGCAUCUCUAUACUACUCAUGCACGGUGCUGAUCCCCACAUUGUAGAUGCCAAUGGCGAUGCUGCCCUCCACCACGCCAUUUGCAGAGGGAACAUAACAGUUGUCAGCAAACUGCUGGAGUAUAAUGUAGAUCUUAAAGCUGAAACAGAGUAUGGGUUGACACCCUAUAAACUCGCUUUAUUUGAAAAUCAACUUGAAAUGGCGCAGUUUUUAAUUGAGAAAGGUGCGGAUGCACCUCCGGAGCUUACACCAAAUAGGUAA